UAUUAUGAGUCAUAUUUGAUAAAUUUUAAUUAAUUGUAAAAGCUGAUUGAUUAAUAUUUUUGAAUGAAAUUAAUAAAGAAUAUUACAAAAGCAAACCUCACUUUAAAUAUAGAGCCAUUUGAAUUUUUAAAAUUUUAUAAAUGUUAAAUAAAUAAAAAUAAAUAAAUAAAAUCAACAUAAAAAAAAAUGAAAUUCAUCUCUGUUUGCUUGCUUGCUUUAGUUGCCUUAAGUUUUGUAUAUGCUGAUGAUAUCGAAAAGAUGAAAUGUUUGGGUCAAGUUCCUAAACCUUGUGGUGAUGGUUCAGAUUCUGCCUGUUUAACUGCUUACAACACUGAUGGAAACUGUGUUAAUAGAGAUUGUGCUGCUAAACUCAUCGACUUGAACGACUAUGCCACUUGCAUCAAGAAAUGCAAAUCUAAUAACGAUAAAGUUUAAAAAUGGAUUGAUGCUAAUGUUAGUUGUGUUGGAAGUGGUUUAUUAAGCUUUGCUGCUUUAAUGAUUGCCUUAUUUGCUUUCAUGUUCUGA